AUGAAUGACAAUUCUCAAUCGUCAUAUAUUAAUAUGUCUGCAUAUGUUGCAUUAUCAUGUUUAAUAGCAUUUGUGAUCGUUAUAACAAUAUGUCUUGUUAAACAAUUUAUAUGGGAUCCAUUAUUAUCAAAACGUUUUGAAAUUCUUCGACCUGUUUUAUCUGAAUCAGUUUAUAAAUUAUCAUCAUCAUUUUAUCGUCCACAAUCAAGUACAACAUCAAAUAUAUCACUAAAUAAAUCUUUAUCAGAUACAUGUGUUAAACUAAAUGAAUCUCCAUUAAUAACAAAUAAAAAUUUUAUAACUAUUCCACAAAAUUUACCAUCAACAAAUAAUCCAAUAAAUAAAAAUAUACCACGUCGUUCAUAUGGUUCAGCAUCUUUAAAUCCAUUUGCAUAUACAAAUUUUGGUACUGAUGAAUUAAUUGACGACAAAAAUCAAUCUUUUCCAAUCUUACACUUUAGUUGUGAAUAUAAUCCAUCAACAUUUAGUAUUAGAUUAAAUGUACAAAAUUUACGUCAUAUGAAUUCAUUAUUAUUAUCAUCAAAUUAUAUACUCAAUAAGGAUGCUUCUAUAUUUUUAAGGUUUAUAAUAUUAUCUAAAACAAUAACAGGUGAACCAUAUGAAACAACAUUACAACGUUAUCAAGAUUUUAUACGUUUUGGUGAAACAUUUAAUAUAUUGAGUAAUAUUAAAGCUGGAGAUGUACUUAAUUAUGAUAUUAAAUUUUAUCUUAUGGUACUAAAAGAUAAAAAUAUGUAUGAAAUAGGUGAAGCGAGUUAUUCAACAAAAGAUGAUCAAUUAACACAUAUUUUAUAUAUUGAACGAAUAUUACCAAUUCGUUUAGGGAAAAGAUUAAAAUCAGCAACAAGCGAAGAUAAUGAGUAA